AGAUGGGAAAACCCGCUCGCUAGAUGGCGCGGGGAUGUCCCGAAUUUUUUUGUAGUAGUCACGGGGUUUACUCACUCAAUUCGAUUGAUCUCUCCCUCGGUAUAAAAACAGAGUGUAAAUAAAACCGCACCCCCAAAUUUUUAUAAACUAAUAAAAAAUGUCCGUGAAGGCCGCUUCUCCAGAGGAGGAGGGGGAGUUGAAGGUCAAAUCCGACCCCCUCGAGACGCUCCGCACCUCCUGCCGGGCCACCCCGAAGUGCUCGUCCCUUUCGGAGAAGCUCCAGACCUGCAACGACCGGGUCAACUCGAGGUCCAAAACCACAGAGACGUGCAUGGAGGAGGUGAUUGACUUUUUCCACUGCGUCGACCAUUGCGCGGCCAAGACCAUCUUCGACCACCUCAAAUAGUGAAUAAUCGUAUUUCUAGCUUAGCAAAUAAAUAAAGUAGUCAAAAAGUCAGUCUAUAAAAUUCAGUGUGUAAUAAUUUUGAGUGUUUAAUAAACGAUUCUCCAACUCUCCA